CCUCCGUCCCUGGGCCUGAAACCAUGCCUGCGCCACUCCCCCACCUACCGGAACCACUCCAUAGAGGCUUUGAACCGAGGGCGAUAUCUGAUGGCCGUGGUGACAGGGGGGCUCAACCAAAUGCGGCUGCAGAUAGGGAACGCAGUGGUGAUCGCACGCAUUCUCAGGGCUGUGCUGGUGGUGCCGGUGCUGCAAGAAAACAACAUCUGGCACGACAGGAGUGAGUUUUCUGAGAUAUUUGACGUGCCUCACUUUCAGCGGGUGUUACGGAGCGAGGUGAGGGUGGUAACCACCCUGCCGCCCCACUACCUGCGCGCCGCACCUGACGAGAAGCUUCCUCCCACGGGGUCGACACCGGAAUGGAUCAUUUCUCGCCUUCUUCCACCUCUUCGUCGGCAGCACGUACUCCUUAUAAGAGGCCUCGACCAAGCCAUAACCCCCGACCUCCCUCGGGAACUCCAGAAGCUCCGAUGCAAGGUCGAAUUUCACGCCCUGCGAUUCAUCCCGCCGAUCCUGGCCCUCGGUCAGAAGCUCGUGUCCCGGAUGGCUGCAUCUGGGCCGUUCGUUGCGCUGCAUCUACGGCUGGAGCCGGACGUGUGGAUCCGGACCGGAUGCUACCCGAGGCUCGGGCCGGAGCUAGAUGCGGCGGUGGAUCGGGAGAGGGUGGGCCGGCCGGACCUGCUGACGGGGCGGCUGAAUCUGACUGCAGAGGAGAGAUUUGCUGCGGGGCUGUGCCCUUUGACUGCUGACGUGAUUGUGCGUCUCCUCAAGUCGUUUGGAGCGACCAAUCGCACGCGGGUGUUCUGGGCGGGGGCGGAGCCAAUGGGAGGCGCACAGCUGGCGUUGGCGCCGCUCUGGAUGUCCUUCUCUGCGGUGCACAGCAAGGAGAGCCUCGCACUCCCAGGAGAGCUGGAGGUGUUUGCACGGCAGGCCAACGUGCUGGCUGCUCUGGACUUCAUCCUCUGUGCCAGCAGCCAUGUGUUCAUGCCGUCACACGGAGGGAACAUGGCACAUGUCAUUCAGGUCAAGGCGGCUCUUUCCAAGCCGCUCACCAUGCUCGUCCCCAGCAACGCCGCCAUUGCCAAGGUCAAGAUAACGAGUUACUCUACAGCGCAGCUCUCCACGCUCGUCAUGUUCAACGCCAUCAAAGGCGUCAUGCCCUUCCAGAAGCUGCGAAGCCUCGCGAAGAACGCGACGCUCGCGACGCUCGCAACGGAUCUCAAGUCCAAGAAGACACUGAUGCUCUCGAAGCUCUCCCCUCCCAAGGCGCGCUGGGUAGCGAUGCAGGGCAAGCCGGGGAGCAAGCUGAUGAUCACUAAGGGAGACUUUUACCUAAAAGUCGGGAAGCUGGCCGUGCACACGACGGAUGCGAUUGUGUUCCCCGCUGGAAUGAAGUGA